GCCUUUCAGCGGGUCGUCUUGGACGAUGGCCUUCUGCCAGGGGAGCCGAUCACCUCGGAGUGCCCACAUCAUGUGCGCUACAGCCGGGAUGUGGCCGACAAGGUGGAGGAGUUCAUCGUCCCAGAGCAGUUGCGCAUGACGCGACGGCACCUGCGAUCGCUCUUCAGCCUGGUGGAGAUGGAGAAG